GUUUUAUAGCAACUACCCAAAAUUUUCAUAUUCCAAAAUCAUUCGGUAGAAAAGAAGACAAACCCCAAACUUGCAAUAACAAGAAACACCUAAAAACGUUAGUUUCUUCGUUGAUUGCAAGAAAAACACACACACUCAAAGGCUAGUCCUAACAACUAAUGGGAUUCCCUGUAACAGAGACCCUCAAAUUUUGGCUAUUAGACCACCCUUCCAUCGUGUGUUUCCGAUGGAGCCCCACCCAAUCCUGGGGCUCAACGUGGCCUUUCCUCGUCACUGCCAUCGCCGCCUAUGUCACCGCCGCACUAACCCUCCACGUCAUCCUUAAAAUCUGCCGGCGCCGGCGCCCCGUCCCACUUGGCCCCAUUCCUGCAAUCCACAGCCUCGCCAUGUCACUGAUCUCCAUCACCAUAUUUUUCGGCAUGCUCCUCUCCGCCGGCGCCGAAAUCCGCGACACACGGUGGCUGUGGCGGCGCACCAGAAGCACCUCUCUCGAGUGGUUCCUCUGUUUCCCACUCGGAAUUCGUCCUUCAGGGCGCGUUUUCUUCUGGUCCUACGUGUUCUACCUCUCUCGCUUCCUCCACCUGCUGCGAACCUUCUUCAUGGUUCUCCGGCACCGGACGCUGUCGUUUUUCAGGCUUUUCAACCACUCGAUGCUCUUGCUCAUGUCGUUUCUGUGGUUGGAGUUUUCGCAGUCGUUUCAAGUUCUGGCCAUUCUGUUUUCCACGUUGGUUUACGCCGUUGUGUAUGGGUAUAGAUUUUGGACGGAAAUUGGGUUGGCGUGUAAGAGUUUUUCGUUCACCCUUAGUUGUCAAAUGGUGCUUUUGGGUUGUAACUUAGUUUGCCAUGUUGGGGUUUUGUCCUUGCAUUUUAUGAGAGGAGGGUGUAAUGGAAUUGGAGCUUGGGUCUUCAACUCUGUGCUCAAUGUUGCCAUUCUUUUUCUCUUCUUGAAGUUCUAUGUGAACAUGUAUUGCCAAAAAAAGAAUGCCACAAGUGACUCAUCUUUGGAUCGCGUAGAGGACACUGCCAAACAUGCAAGCCUUGUUGCUAGGUAAAAAACAAUAUUUUUUUUGUCGUUAGUUUAACUUGUUUUGAUGAAAUAAUUGUAUAGUAGUUUGUUUUAUGAACAUUUUAAGAGGAUUUUUAAAAAGAGGAUUAUUUCUUCAAAUUUAAUCUUUAUCAACACAUGGUAUAUUAAGAUUUGGAUCGCAUAUGAAUAAGGGAUGUUAUUCCCUUCUGCAAUUUUUUAACUUUUCUGAGUUUUGGGGUGUCGAAUAUCGAUUCAGCGUUGGGGUUCUUCCAUUGCCCUGUUUAGUUUGAUUUGGUCAACUGGUCAACCUUCACCUCUGUCAAAUGUUGAGAGAAUUUGUAUUAACAAUAAAGAUGUUAAGAAAUUUCUCUUCCUUUCCUAUCCGACCAUCUGAGAAAACUGUUCCAGAUAUGAUCGAAGAUGCUACGGAUUUGACUGUCUGUUAAUUGUUCUUAGACAACUUUCUCACUAGUAACGUUGUUUGUGUACAACUUCUAACUUUUAUAUGCCCCAACAUGCCUUGCUAGGGGAUUAUGUAUCAGUCAGGGUUAGUCGAUUUACAUCUGUUUCGCUCUCGAUUAUCCUAUCCUUACAAUAACUAGUUACGAGUAAAUCAAUUAUAAAAUCG